UGAAAAUUUUUGCGUUCUGUGUCAUUGAGAUAUUUUUAUUUAUAAAAAUAUUUGCUGUUACAGAAAAGGAGGUUGUAGAACUAACUAAAUAUCUAGAAGAAAAUAUUCGAAAAACUGAUAUUUCACAAAUGCCUGUCAAUAAUUUCAAAUACAGGCCGAAUAUAUCUGAAACAAUUAAAGAGUUUGGUGAAUACGAUUUUAUAAUUGUUGGAGCUGGUUACACUGGUACGGUUUUGGCGAAUCGUUUAUCAGAAAAGAAAAACUGGAAAAUUCUACUAUUGGAAGCUGGAGGCUAUGGCGAUACGUUUGUAUCAGUACCCGUAAUGCUUUAUAGAUUAAGGCACACCAAAUAUGAUUGGGGAUAUAAAAGUGUGCCUCAGAAACACGCCUGUCUUGGUAUGAUGGAUAAAGUUUGUGGAGUACCAAGAGGCAAAGGCAUUGGAGGAACAUCGUUGAUAAAUGGUCAAAUUUAUGUUCGAGGACAUCCCAAACAGUUCGACAAAUGGGCUGAAUUGGGAAAUCCUGGUUGGUCUUAUAAUGAAAUUUUGCCACUGUUUAAAAAAUUAGAAGGGUUAGUUGAUAGUAAUCCCCUAGCAUAUGUCAAUUGGACAUAUCAUAAUAAUUCGGGACCUUUAUAUUUGGAAUAUUAUUACAACAAUGACAUUCAAAUAGACGCUUUCUAUAAUGCAAACAAAGAGUUAAAUUAUCAAUUGGUUGAUGUUAACAGUCCACACCAAAUCGGGGUAAGUCCUACACUUGCAGGCAUUAAAGAUGGAAAACGAUUUGAUGCGGGAACAGCUUUGAUUGAACCGAUUUUAAAGAGAACAAAUCUUAAAGUUAUGACGGAAUCUUACGUAAUAAAAAUUAAUUUUAAGAAUAAGCGUGCCACCGGUGUAACUUUUUCUCACAAUGGACGACUGUUUGCAGCUUAUGCUAAAAAGGAAGUUAUUAUUUCUACGGGGGCAAUAAACAGUCCACAAUUACUUAUGUUGUCAGGAAUCGGUCCUAGAAAACAUCUAAAGAGAAAUAACAUUCGUGUUAUAAGUAACUUACCCGUUGGAAUGAUGUAUAAGGAGCAACCAAUGUAUCUAGGUUUACUAUUCAGUACUAACUAUUCCGAACCUAUAAAAUCGUUCGAAGGAUACGUGCGAGAGUUCUUAAGUGGGCUUGGACCUUUAACUGUAACGGGUGAAAUGAGAGCCGUAGGAUUUUAUCGUACCAAAUUAGCAACGGAUAUUGGUGUACCAGAUCUGGAGAUUAUGUAUUCUGCCGGUAAUUGUACUGAUCCCUUUUUAAAACAAUUUUAUCGGUUCACCGAUGAUACUUGGAAUUCUACUUUCACUAAUGUUAAUCCAGCCAAAUGUUUCUCAUUACUGCCUAUUUUAUUAAACCCAACAUCAUCUGGAAGCCUUAAAUUGAAAAGUAACAAUCCAUACGAGUUUCCAUUGAUUAAUCCAAACUAUUUAUCGAAACCGAAAGACGUGGAAACAAUGUAUGAAGGGAUUAAAUUAAGCUUAAAAUUGAUAAAAACGGAGGCGUUCAAAAAACUCGACGUCAAACUUGCUAUUAAACCUUUACCAGCAUGCAAAGAGCAUACAUUUCUAUCAAGGGAAUAUUUUUACUGUUCAAUACAACAUUUGUCAGGUGACAUAUUUCACCCUGUAGGAACUUGUCCUAUGGGUCCAGAUCCGUCUAGAUAUGUGGUAGAUCAUAAAUUAAAUGUGUAUGGAGUUGAAAAUUUAAGAGUUGCUGACGCCAGCAUUUUCCCCACAACUCUGGCAGGUCAUCCAACUGCUCCCUGCGCAAUGAUAGGAGAGAAACUCGCUAAUAUUUUAAAAAACAAAUAUCAUUAUAAAUAAUAUUAAAAAUCUAUAGAAUAUAUUUUCUAGCCAUAACCAAAUAAAUAAGGGAAAUGGGAUUAUCUGA